AUGUCAACGCUACCAAGCAGUUCUGAGACCAACGCAGAACCUCAUCCAACGGUCGCAUGGGAUGAUAAACCCGCAAUCAAACAAGUAACUCUAAGAGCGACACUGUUGGGCCUAACAAUCGGUUCUUUAGUCCUGAUCUCCAAUUUUCAGUUCGGUUUACAGACAGGUUGGGUGUCUAUGAUGUCCCUACCGUCAGCAUUACUGGCAUGUGCAUUCUUCAAACAAGUAUGGCCCGCAUUCUUUCCUGACUCUCCCCCAAUAACGGAUGUGGAGACUGUCUUUGUCCAAAGUAUGGCUGUUGCCGUCGGGACGGGACCUCUAGCAUAUGGGUUUGUCGGUGUCAUCCCUGCCAUUGAGAAAUUCUUGACGUUUGAAGAAAGUGGGGGGUCAAGAACGCAAGGUGAAUCAUUUACAUUGAAUCAAUUAUUACUUUGGUCAUUGGCCUUGGCCUUCUUCGGAAUUUUCUUUGCUGUUCCAUUGAGGAAGCAAGUGAUUGUUAGAGAGAAAUUGCCCUUCCCCAGUGGUAGUGCAACUGCUAUCUUAAUUGCCGUUUUGAAUGGUUCCGAAGUACUUCAGGAGGUUUCUAAGUCAGAAUUGUUAGAAAUGAGAAAUAGAAGACUAGAUCAAUGCCCGGAAGUGUUAAGACCAAACAUGGGAGAUGAUUCUAACGAGUUACUACUCGCAAAUUCUGUUCAGAGUGAUGGCUACGACUCUACAAGUAAUGACCUUGAAGAGGAAACAACUGAAGAAUCUGGAACUUAUAAAGAAAACAUAUCAAUACUUAUAAGAACGUUUAUCCCGGCAUCUGCUUACACGAUAAUAUCAUAUUUCUUCCCUAUAUUGAAGGCGAUUCCUAUAUUUGGGACUUACCUCUCAAAGAAUUACCUCUGGGAGUUUCAACCAUCUCCAGCAUAUAUUGGUCAGGGUAUAAUUAUGGGAUUGCCCACUGUUUCAUACAUGAUGGUUGGGUGUGUUCUAGGUUGGGGUAUCUUAGCACCUAUUGCAAAGUAUGCAGGUUGGAUUCCACCAGAUGCUGAUGUUCAUGAUUGGGAAAGAGGUGUUCAAGGAUGGAUCCUUUGGUGUUCGUUAUCUGUGAUGGUCGCUGAUAGUGUUGUUGGUUUUAUUGUCAUCACAAUUAGAUCUAUUGUCAAAUUCCUUAUGGUAGAUGAGAAAAAAGUUCUUUUAAAUAAAGUAUGGGAUGAUUCUUUUGAAUCAAUGCUUUUAGAGGAAGAACUGGCAAUGAAUAGUGUUAAAUCAAGAACUUCCAGUGUAAGAAGAAACGAUUUUGUUAGAUUAGUAAGUGCAGAUGAUGACAAUGAAGUGGAUUCAAAACAUCUGGUAAAAUACACAACUGUUCUCAGUGGACUUGCUGUUUCUUCCAUACUGUGUAUAUUGUUUGUGAUUUCCAUCUUUGGUAUAGAAAUAAUUCCCCUAUAUGCAAUGAUUACGGCAUUGAUAAUUGCCCUAUUCUUAUCUAUCCUUGGUAUUAGAGCAUUAGGAGAAACUGAUUUAAAUCCAGUUAGUGGGAUCGGAAAAUUAUCACAAUUAAUAUUUGCAUUGAUAAUACCACGUAAUCAUCCUGGUGCUAUCCUGGUUAAUUUAGUAGCUGGUGGUGUUGCAGAAGCCGGUGCACAACAAGCAGGUGAUCUAAUGCAAGAUUUGAAAACUGGUCAUUUACUAGGUGCAUCACCAAGAGCUCAAUUUGUGGCUCAAAUCAUUGGUGCAACAUGGUCGGUAAUUUUAUCAAGUUUGAUGUAUAUUUGUUAUAAUAAGGUCUAUACUAUUCCAAAUGAGCAGAUUAGAAUUCCAACGGCAGUUGUCUGGAUUGAUUGUGCCAGGUUGGUAACAGGAAAAGGAUUGCCGCAUAAAUCCAUGGAGUGUGCUCUAGUAUUGGGUUCUAUUUUUGCAGUUUUGUCAUUGGUUAAGAACGUUUACAGAGACAAUGAAAGUGCCGAGAAGUGGUUGGUAUGGAUACCAUCUGGAGUGGCUGUUGGGGUUGGUAUCUACAACUCACCAAGUUUCACCAUUGCAAGGUUUAUAGGUGGCUACCUCUCACAUAUUUGGUUGGAAAAGCAUAAAGGUGAUAUGAAUGCCAAGACAAAGAUGAUCAUUUUCAGUUCAGGAUUAGUUUUAGGAGAGGGUGUUUGCAGCAUCUUCAAUAUGCUUUUCACGAGUAUGGAUGUUCCACAUUUUUAA